AUGACUGGCCAGAGCCUCGAAGACCUGAGUGGUACACAUAUAGAGGAAAAUAUCAUACGUAUUAAUGUUGGGGGGUUCAAAAAACGUCUCCUUUCAAAUAUACUCUCUCGUUUCCCUGAGACGCGACUGGCGCGUUUGCUUCAGUGCCAGUCUAAAGAUGCCAUUCUGGAAUUGUGUGAUGACUAUGAUGACGCCGAGAAAGAGUUUUACUUCGACCGAAACCCUGCGCUUUUCCCAUAUGUCUUGAAUUUCUACAACACUGGACGGUUGCAUGUCAUGGCAGAGCUGUGUAUAUUUUCAUUCAGUCAAGAAAUUGAAUACUGGGGUAUUAAUGAGUUCUUCAUAGACUCCUGUUGCAGUAACGCAUAUCACUGCCGUAUAAUGGAACCAAAUCGAGAUGAAUGGGAGGACAAAAGCGAGGAGGGGAGCACAACAUCGUCCUUUGACGAGAUUUUAGAAUUCUACAAUGAUGCCACUAAGUUUGACAAACAGCCGCUGGGAAGCGCUCGGCGGAGGAUUUGGCUGAUGCUCGACAACCCUGGAUACUCAAUUCCAAGUCGAAUUAUCAGCGUGUUCUCCAUACUCGUUGUGUUGGGAUCCAUUGCAACCAUGUGUAUGAACAGUAUGUCAGAAUUUGUUUUGCUGGACAGUGACGGGCAGCCGCUGGAGGAUCCUCGAUUCGAGAUUGUGGAGCACUUUGGGAUUGGGUGGUUCACCUUCGAGCUUCUCGCCAGAUUUGCCGUGGCUCCGGAUCUUCUACACUUUUUCAGACACCCGUUGAAUGUGAUUGACCUUGUGUCCAUCUUACCCUUUUACCUCACACUUGUCAUUAACCUGGUGGCGGAGAGCAGCCCGGCUCUGGCCAACCUGGGGCGCGUGGCGCAGGUGCUGAGGCUAAUGAGAAUUUUCCGCAUUCUGAAGCUCGCGCGCCAUUCCACCGGGCUGCGCUCCCUCGGCGCCACCCUCAAGAACAGUUACAAAGAGGUGGGUCUCCUGCUGCUCUACCUCGCAGUAGGGGUAUCCUUUUUCUCCGUCAUGGCUUACACUGUUGAGAAAGAGGACCACGAUGACCUCACCACCAUCCCCAAGUGCUGGUGGUGGGCGACAGUGAGCAUGACGACUGUAGGAUACGGUGAUGUCGUGCCCCUCACCAUCGCCGGAAAGCUCACCGCCUCGGCUUGCAUCCUCGCGGGAAUCCUGGUCGUUGUGCUUCCCAUCACGCUUAUAUUCAACAAGUUUUCUCUGUUCUACAAGAGACAAAAGCAGCUGGAGGUUGCGAUGAGGAGCUGCGACUUUGACGAGGGGAUCAAGGAGGUGCCCUCCGUCAAUCUAAGGAACUACUACGCACACAAGGUGAAAUCCCUCAUGGCCAGCCUGUCAAACAUGAGCCGUAGCUCACCGAGUGAGCACAGCCUUACAGAGUCUUUGCACUGAC